GGAGGUUCCCAAAGACCUCCCUCAAUCCGAAAACGACCCCUACAUGCCUCCUCCCAGCGGCUCCAACGGCUCCGAUUCCCCCAAAUCGCCCAAGAAAAAACCGUCCUGGGCGUCCAAAGCGGCGACAGCGGUGUGGUCGGCCACGCAGAAGAAGGCCGUGCUUCUCUACCACACCAUUCGAGAUUCCGACGUGGGGAUGCAGUUCUUUGUGCUCUCUGUCGGCGUGGGAGUGUCCGCUCUACUGAUUUGGAAGCGCCACAGCUUUUAUUCGUUCCGUUCUGCCGAGCAGCUUUUCACCACCCUCAAAGCUCCUUUCGAAAUCCACGGCGUCGUUCACUCGAUCAACCCACAGCGCGGCUUUGUGAAUGUAAAGCAGCUUCCGUUCCCUCGCUAUUUGCUUUCCGGCUCGCGCAACGCCGCGAUGGAGUGCGCCGAAAGCGAGAUCAUUCCUCUUUCUCUUCUUGCAAUCAACACAAACAAAACGAGCAACAUGAUGCUUCAAAGUCUUUACGCGACGUUGUCUCCGAUUCCAUGCAAAGCCAAAGUGUUUUAUAGCGCGCAGCACAUCAAUCCAGAGCUUCCGAUCACUCCCUUCUACGGCGAUUUGUUUUUAAAGGAUUUUUCGGGGCGGUUCGGCAUAAAGGGCUCGUAUUACAGCUUGUCUCGCGAGCUGGUUCGCAUGGGCGUCUGCUCCAUCGAUCGCGAUAUGUGA